AUGAAUAGUAGAAAUACUACAGUACCCAAUGAAUCGGAACGGAAUAUCGCGGUUCGUAAAAUUAUCGAAAAGAUAACGCGAAAACGUAAUUUUCUAGACGCAGAGAGUAUUACUGAAAACGAGCCGAUUUAUCCUAAUCAAUCAAUAAACGCGAUCGAAACUAAACGAUUUAAAGCCGCUUACUCUAGUGAAAAAAAACCCGAUAAACAUAUUUUUCUUAGCAAUAGUGCUAAUCUAAAAUUAUGUAAUCGCGUUAAAAUUUUACCUAAUGUCCACGGUGACAAUAAAGACUAUUCAUUUGUGCGUACCCGAAAACGCGGUUCCGACGUUUCCGAUGAACAAUGUUCAUUAAAUAAAAAAGUAAAACUACAAGACCUUGACGACGAAGUCACUGUUAAGAAACAGAAAAAUACCAAUAAAUUAACGUUUACAAAAAAUCUUGUUGAAAAUACCGUGCAGAAAUCGAAAAAACCAGAAGUUUUAACCGCAUUACUAAUGAAUGGCAGUUUAUCAUCAGUAGUAAACAUAGAUGAACAAAAGUACAGAAUAUACAACACUUGUGCUUUUGAUUCCGUUGCCACGGUUAUAUCAAGAGCUUUUCUUGACAAUAGUACGUAUAUAAAUUUCGUCAACGCAAAUUCAAAUUCAGAAUUUUUGAAUUUUUGCAAAGCGGUAGCGUUUAGAGACGAUGCGGACAAUUUAAACAGAGAACGAGUGAAAAUAUUAAGGAGAUUAUUUAACGAAGAUAGUAGAGUUUCGAAUUUAAAAGUCAUUAAUUGUGAAUGCAAUGUGAUGAAGAUAAUAUACGAUUUGUUAAAAGAGUGUCCGUCGUCAAAAGACCACAUACGGUGUUCUAACGAUGGUUGUGAAAAUGCGAAUAAAUGUAGAAACAGUAGCACUAUCAUUUUAGAUGAAACGAAACUCAAACACUUAGAGAAUUUAGAAGAGAUGGUAAAUGAGUGUACUAAACAAAGGAUUUAUAAUUGUGGUCUAUGUACCGAACAAAUUUCAGCGAAAAGAGUGUUGAGUUAUCAUUUAUUUAUUGAAACGGAUCAAGUCAAAAGUACCAGUAAAUUUGCAAUGUCUGACAUUCCACAGGAAAUAAGAGUUGGGAAAUAUAAGUACCUUUAUCUUUUUAAUUAUAAUACAUUUAUGUAA